UUUAGCAUUAAACAGAAUGGUUUAUGUGGGGGUAUUUCAGUAAUGGGCAUUAUGUCUAAUGGGCAUUUAGUCGUAUAUACAUUUUGUCGGAUGGGCAUUUUGUCGUAUCGGUAUUUUGUCGGGUGGGCAUUUUGUAUUUUUGCCAUUUUGUCUUGUAGGCAUUUUGACGACAUUUUAAGACUCAUGAAUUUUUCGUUGGAUCAUUCCGUGUUUCCAAACAGGUGA